GGGGCCGCUGCCGGGGAAACCCCACUGCCGAGCGUGGGGGGUAGGGGGCGGGGAUGCAGCAUGGCCGCGGCGCUGGCAGCAGAGUCGGUUUCCAGCGGCUGCGGCAGCGUGCAAGGCGCUAUGGGCGCCGGGGGCGCAAACUGUAGCAGCAGCCGGCACGAGAAGAGCUUGGGGCUGCUCGCCACCAAGUUCGUGUCCCUCCUGCAAGAGGCCAAGGACGGCGUGCUCGAUCUGAAAGCGGCUGCUGAUACACUUGCUGUAAGACAAAAAAGGCGGAUCUAUGACAUCACCAAUGUUUUGGAAGGGAUAGAUCUCAUUGAAAAAAAGUCAAAAAACAGCAUCCAGUGGAAAGGUGUAGGUGCUGGCUGCAAUACAAAGGAAGUUGUAGAUAGACUGAAAUAUCUUGAAGCUGAAAUUGAAGAUCUGGAACUCAAAGAAAAGGAGCUGGAUCAGCAGAAAUUGUGGCUACAGCAAAGCAUCAAAAAUGUUAAGGAAGACUCCUCAAACAAAAGAUAUCCUUUAAAUACCACUUUUUCAUAUAUUACCCAUGAAGAUAUUUGUGACUGCUUCAAUGGGGACACACUACUAGCAAUUCAGGCACCCUCUGGUACACAAUUAGAAGUUCCUGUACCCCACGUGGGACAAAAGAAAUACCAGAUCAAUCUCAAGAGUCAUUCAGGGCCUAUCCAUGUGCUGCUCAUUAAUAAAGAAUCCAGUUCAUCCAAGCCAGUGGUUUUUCCAGUUCCUCCACCUGAUGACCUCCUGCAACCUCCAUCUCAAGCUGCAGCUUCAUUGCCUUCCUCUAAACAUGCAGGUCCUCAGAACUUUCAAGAGUCCAAAGACCUGAGUCAGGGGGAGCCCCUUCCACAGACACCAGUCACAGAUAUGCCAACAGACACCAGCUUGCAAGAGAGCCCAGCUCCUGAAACCCUCUAUACCAGCAUUCCAGAUUCGGAGCUGUAUGACAGUCUUGUAACAGAAACCACGCCUAGCUCAAAUACCUGUCAGUCGUUCCUUUCACUGGAUGUUAACAGUAUUCUCAAGCCCAACACAUUCGACAUAGCAAAGAUGGACGAGUCUGGAGGCAUAAUUAACAGUGAUAUCAUUGAUGAAUUGAUGUCCUCUGAUGUUUUUCCUCUCUUACGGCUUUCCCCUACUCCUGGUGAUGACUACAGCUUCAACCUGGACGACAAUGAAGGAGUCUGUGAUCUCUUUGAUGUGCAGAUACUGAACUACUAGAUUUGAUGCAGCCAGAUUGCCUCAUCUACCUCUAACUAUAUAUUUGUAGACUUAAUUUCAUAAUGCAAGUAUAUUUAAAUAAUGAAUGUAAAAUGUGUGUAGUUCACAAUGCUGGGUGUGCAUUUGUUUGUUACUUUGAACAGUUUCUAAAGUCAAACUGAAGUGCAUUUUUAAUGCUGUGCAGGGGGCUGGUACUCUCAAACAUACAAUAGCUUAGUACAGUUAACUGAAAGCCCCGGUUCAUUAUUUGUUCCAUAGGAACCAAAGUUUAAUAGUGCCCCUACUUGCUUCCAGUAAAGUUAUCUAGACUUGCCACUUGAAACAGAUUACACAUUCUAUUUAGAUCUGGCCACCUGUAAGUCCAACAUUCAUUGUAAAAAUGUGUCCCAAGUCUUAACAGCAUCACUGCCAAUUGUAAUAUGAUGGGCAUUGCCUAAGGGAUGCCAUGUUGUUUCAGUGAGCACAUUUUUUGCGGAGUGCCUUCUUUAUUAGCACUUUAAGUUUCUCUCCCCGCCCCCCCCCCCUUUUUAAAAACUUCUGACAUUCCAUAUUCCUAGAUCUAGGAAAGUACUAUUUGUAGUUCGUAUUAAAGAGUGCCAAUGCUUGUACAUUAACAAGAUUUUUUAAAAAUAAACUAUAUAAAGAGUU